CCAUACUGAUUAGCUCAUUGUCUUCAUUCUCUAGUUUUCUCCCUAUGUUUUGACAGGAUGCAAAUGGAUGAUUUUAGGUAUAUAUCAGUUCUGGGUCAUGGACACUUUGGGAAGGUCUUGCUGGCAGAGUUCAAGAAGACAGGAAAAUUGUACGCCAUCAAAGCCCUGAAGAAACGAGACAAUACGAUCCAUGAUGAAGUAGACAGCCUGAUGAGUGAGAAGAGGAUCUUUGAGAUGAUCAACAUGUCCAGACACCUCUUCCUGGUCAACCUCCAUGGCUGCUUCCAGACCAGUGACCACGUCUGCUUUGUAAUGGAGUAUUUACCAGGAGGAGACCUCAUGAUCCACAUCCAUAACAACGUCUUCACUGAGGCCCAGACCAGGUUUUACUCUGUGCGCCUGUGUUGUGCUGUGGUUAGAGUUCCUGUAUCUGAACAAAAUUAUCUAUCGAGAUCUGAAGUUGGACAACAUGCUGAUGGGCUCAGAUGAAAAUCACAGACUUUGGACUUUAUAAAGAAGGCAUAGGUUUUGGUGACCAAACCUCAACUUUUUGUGGAACUCCAGAGUUUCUUGCUCCAGAAGUUCUGACAGAUGACAACUACACUCGGGCUGUGGACUGGUGGGGGAGGGGUGUCCUCAUCUACAAGAUGCUUGUGAGAGAGGUGGGCCUGUUUUAUAACUGCUUUAAUUACUGGUAGUUGAAUUUAACUGUGGUCCUUUAGGGUACUGACACUGCCAGUCAUGUAGGUUUGCUCUUAAUAAAACUCUUCUAAUAAAACAUACAGUUCUGUGUAAAGCGGGUAUGAUUUCUAUCUGACAGUUUAAGCUUUAAUGUUGAAAAAAAAAACACAUUACAGGUAAAAAUACUAAACUCAAACCAGAAUAAAGUUUUCUCUUCUCCUUGUUAGUCUCCGUUCCCUGGAGAGGACGAAGAGGAAGUGUUUGACAGCAUUGUCAACGAUAUAAUAAUAAUAAUGUUCAUUACCCAACUUCUCUACCACCCGACGCUGUCGCCAUCAUCCAAAAGGUGUCGAUCACUCUCCUUACUUAGCUUCCCAUCUUGUCUCCCACUACCCAAUGAUAGAAAUAAAAAUAAAAUAUCAAAUUUACUCCUUAAAAGAUUAAAACUGGAGGAUGUGACAGAUUAUCCUAUUUAUAAAAUUUUGAGGAUAAAAAGGACCUGGAUGUGUAAAAACUUUCAGACAUGUCCCUUUAAUGACCUUAUAUUGAUUGGGGAUUGACCUAUUGACCUCUGCAGCUCCUGAAAAGGAAUCCCCUGAAAAGAUUAGGAGCAGGAGAAAGAGAUGCCAAUUAGGUUAAAGGAGUUUUUAGGUAAACCUGACUUCUUUUUUUUAAACAAACAUGCUUCCAUGGACAACUGUGUCUUAUUUUACCUUCACUCUCUUGUAGACAAUUGACUGGGAUGCACUUCUGGCCAAGAAGGCGUUGCCUCCAUUCUUGCCUUCAAUCUCUGAGUCAGUGGAUGUCAGUAACUUUGACAGGGAGUUCACUUGUAUGCAGCCGGGUUUUGUCUCCUCCGUCUAAGGCCUUAACUCUGUCGUCUGAGCAGCAGGAGGCGUUCGUUGACUUUGAUUUCUGUGUUUAUUCUUCACUGAGAAGAAACAACUGGAUAGACACUGAAUCCUGAUUAAUCACAAAACUGUUGACUCACACACAAUGAAUAAUCAUUAACACUGUUGAGUAAUCCUAGAAUAUGUAACUACUGAUUUGUAAUGAAUUGGACACAAACCAAAAAAAAUUAACCACUAUUACUAAUUACUAAUUUGGAUAAAAAAUCAUUAAUCUAUUUAGCUAGUUAAUCACUUUCUCUGCUUUGUGGCCUUUAUUUAUAAAAUAAUAAUACAAAAUUUGUAACAACAGCCACUUUAUUACCUAUAUGGUGAUAUAUGACCUCACUUGGAGAACCAACACUUCCUGCCUGAUCAGGAAAGCGCACCAACGCCUCUACUUCCUGAGGAGACUGAGGUGUGCUGGACUGGGGAGCUCAGUCCUAACCUCUUUUUACAGAUGUGUGGUGGAGGGCGUCCUGUACUCCUGCAUCAUAGACUAGGUUGUUUAACAGAAUUUUAGAAACAGACAAGAUGCCGGAUGAGUGGAGGAAAAGUGUUCUGGUGCCAAUUCAUAAGAAAGGUGAUGUACAGAGUUGUAACAACUACAGAG